CUUGGUUUGUACCAAGGGUACAAAUUUGUCUCUCCAUCCAUCACCGCAUUUUUACAAGAAAAAUAAAACUUUAAGUGGAUUUGUACCCUUGGGACUGCAUUGUCCCUCACCAAAUUUCUAGAGAAAAAAUACAACUUUAUGGUUUGGGUGGAUUUGUACCCUUGGGUCUGCAUUGUCCCUCACCAAAUUUCUAGAGGAAAAAGAAAACGUUGUGGUUUGGGUGGAUUUGUACCCUUGGGUCUGCAUUGUCCCUCACCAAAUUUCUAGAGGAAAAAGAAAACUUUAUGGUUUGGGUGGAUUUGUACCAUUGGGUCUGCAUUGUCCCUCACCAAAUCUCUAGGGGAAAGAAAACUUUAUUGUUUGGGUGGAUUUGUACCUUUGGGUCUGCAUUGUCCCUCACCAAAUUUCUAGAGGAAAAAGAAAACGUUGUGGUUUGGGUGGAUUUGUACCCUUGGUUCUAUCUCGUUCAUCUCCGAAUUUCCAGAAGAAAAAGAAAACUGUGGUUGCACUGAACCCUUGGGUCUGCCUGAAUUUUAUUACCAAAUUUCCAGAGGAAAAAAAGACAAGUUUGUGUUAAUUUGUACGCUAGGUGCUGCUGCGCCCAACUCCGAAUUACCACAGGAAAAAUAAAACGUUGUGGUUUGGCUGGAUUUGUACACCUCGUUCUGCCCCGUCCAUAACUGAAUUUCCAGAAGAAAAAUAAAUCUCUGCAGUUUGGGUGGAUUUGUACCUUUUGGUUCUGGUUCUGCCAAAUUUCCAGAGGCAAAAGAGAAUUUCGUAUUUACCUGGAUUUGUAUCCUUGGUUCUGCUCCAUCCAUUAUCGCAUUUUCACAGGAAAAAGAAAACUUUGUGGUUUGGGUGGAUUUGUACCUUUGGUUCUGCCCCGUCCAUAACCAAAUUUCCAGAAGAAAAAUAAAUCUUUACGGUUUAGGUGGAUUUGUACACCUGGUUCUGCCCCGUCCAUCACCAAAUUUCCAGAAAAAAAAGAAAUCUUUACGGUUUAGGUGGAUUUGUACCCUUGGUUCUGCCCGGUCCAUCACCGAAUUUCCAGAAGAAAAAUAAAACUUUAUGGUUUGGGUGGAUUUGUACACCUGGUUCUGCCCCGUCCAUCACCAAAUUUCCUGAAAAAAAAAGAAAUCUUUACGGUUUAGGUGGAUUUGUACCCUUGGUUCUGCCCCGUCCAUCACCGAAUUUCCAGGAGAAAAAUAAAACUUUGCGUUUUGGGUGGAUUUGUACCCCUGGUUCUGCCCCGUCCAUCACCGAAUUUCCAGAAAAAAAAAUAUCUUUGCGGUUUUGGGUGAAUUUUUAUGCCUGGUUCUGCCCCGUCCAUCACCGAAUUUCCAGAGGAAGAAUAAAUCAUUGCGUUUUGGGUGGAUUUGUACUCUUGGAUCUGCCCCGUCCAUCAUCUAAUUUACAGAGGAAAAAUAGAAAUCUUUUGCGGUUUUGGGUGAAUUUUUAUGAUUGAUUUUGCCCCAUUCAUCACUGAAUUUCCAGAAGGAAGAGAAAACUUUACGGUUUGCACACUUGAUUCUGCCUCGUCCUUUGCCAAAUUUCCAGAAGUAAAAGAAAACUUUGCAGUUUAGGUUGAUUUGUACGCUCAGUUGUGCCCUGUCCAUCACCAGAUUUCCAGGAUUAAAAGAAAACUUUGCAGUUUGGGUGCGUCUGUACGCUUGGUUCUGCCCUGGGUACUAAAAGGCACGGCUUCUUGCCAGCGGAAGAUGUGGAUCUGUGGCCAUUGUUCUUGGGAUGGAAAAUGGACGUGGGUCUUGUUUCUGUGGUUUGGAUUGGUAGAGUUCACCUUAGCAGACAUGUACAGCUCCAUGUCGAAUAUCCAGCAGGCUCUGGAGACGGAGAAGGUAUUAAUAGAGCACCUGGGGACUUACUUGCAGGAGGAGACUCACCGGCUUAAUGACCUUCGCAGGUUCUAUGAAAAGGUGAAAACAAUUCAUGACAAGUCUCGUGCUCCGGUGUCAGACCCCCUUGUCGCCUACACCUUGCUGAAGCGGCUGCAGUCCGAGUGGAUGAACAUGGUGACCAGCCUAGAGGAAGGAGACAACAUCAAAGUUCUGAAGGACAGCUAUGAGAAGAUGGAGAGAUAUCUGCCCAUACCGGAGGAUGUGGAAGGAGCAGCCAAAGCCCUCAUGAGGCUCCAGGACGUCUACUCCCUGAAUGUGAAGGACCUGGCCAAAGGAGUCUUCCAGAGCAGACCCGACUCACACUACAAUCUCCAGUACAGGCCGGACCAAGUGUGCGCCAUGUCAGCCGAUGACUGUUUCCAUAUAGGCAAGGUGGCCUAUGAGAUGGACGAUUACUACCACUCCAUUCCUUGGCUGGAAGAGGCGGUCAGCAUGUUCCGGGGGUCCUAUGGCAGCUGGUUCACUGAAGACGAGGGGUCCCUUGAAGAUGCUCUGGAUUAUUUGGCAUUUUCCUACUACAAGGCAGGAAAUGUAUCUCAGGCACUGGAUCUCUCCAGAGAAUGUCUGCUGUAUGAUCCGGACAACCAGCGUCUGGCCAAUAACGUGGCCAAAUAUGAGAAGAUAUUGGAUGAGAAUCCAGCCAGAGGACAGAUGGAGGAGGCGGGGCUACACAGACCCAACGUCACCCACCUGAGGACCAGGGACCUGUACGAGGGAUUGUGCCAGACUCGCGGCUCCCAGCCAUGGCUCUAUGAAGAUCCCAGGAUGAACUGCUCCUAUUAUACCAACCACAACCCCUACCUCAUCCUACAGCCUCUGAAGAGCGAGAUACUGAGCCUGGCCCCCUAUGUGGUCCUCUACCAUGAUUUUGUCAGCAGCCACGAGGCAGAGAAGAUCAAAGCAAUUGCUGCACCAUGGUUGCACAGGUCAGUGGUGGCCUCCGGAGAGAAGCAGGCUGAGGCGGAAUAUCGGAUCAGUAAAAGCGCAUGGCUGAAGGAUACCGCGGACCCGAUCAUUGGAAACAUCGAUGUCCGCAUUGCUGCAGCCACCGGAUUGAAUGUCCGACCUCCUUAUGCCGAGUACUUUCAAAUCGUGAAUUACGGGAUUGGAGGACAUUACGAGCCGCACUUUGAUCACGCUACAUCCCUGAAGAGCCCCCUGUACCGCACAAAAACCGGGAACCGGAUGGCCACCUUUAUGAUCUACCUGAGUCCUGUAGAUGUGGGCGGAUCAACAGCUUUUAUCUACGCCAACUUCAGCACCCCUGUGGAAAAGAACGCUGCCAUUUUCUGGUGGAAUCUGCACAGAAACGGCGAGGGAAAUGAGGACACACUUCAUGCCGGUUGCCCCGUUCUGGUCGGGAAUAAAUGGGUGGCCAAUAAGUGGAUCCAUGACUACGGCCAGGAGUUCAACAGACCGUGUUCUCUGAACCCUGAUGACUGAGGAACGAUGGGGGAAGAGAAGGUGAUUGAUGCCUCCCAAAGCACCAUGAAGGCGGAUGGUGAGAGCGACGGGGUCUCAUAUAGAGGUCAUCACAAGUGACCUACAAGUCAAGAGAAAGCAAGCCUGGGCAUGCCAGGUGGAACGUCUUACAAAUGUACAAUGAAAGGAACACCAUGAAGGAGAUGUGACCCGAUGGUUCUGUAGGAGGUUUCCAGUUGUGAAAAAAAAAAUGGACGUGGAAGACGAAAAAAAAAAAAGGAAGUCAUGGUCACAUACAAGGAUGGACUGGACCACAUACACUGCUGACCCUGCCCUCCCGCUACGCACAUCCUCACCGCCACCGCUGUGUGACCUCCCUCCACCAACGCAACACAAAAGAUUUUCACCAAUAAUCCUUGUAAUGUGUCCAAUAUGCUUGUUUCCUAUGAUCGUAAGCUCCAUGAAGAAAUGCUUCAAUCAGGAAAAUACCACGUUAUGGCCACUGGAUGGAGCCAAGGCUCUUACGACGUAUUAGACACAUUAUGGGGAUUAAUCUUGAUGCCUGUGAAGAUACCAAGGCAUUUGCACAGGGACAUUUUAUUAAAUUGACCCCGAUAUGCAAUGAAUGAUCUGUAAGUUUAAACAAUUGAAAUAACUGCAGGCAAGACACAGUGGUAAUUUACAGCAUUCAACAACAAUACUUUGAAUUUGUCUGUCCACCCUAGGUUCCUGCAGUCUGACUCCUGAUUGGUUGAUAUGGGUUAUUGUAAUGGAAGCUUUAUGUGUGUCUCUAUGGCCUCAUUUAGGCCUCAUGUACACUGAUGCUGGUAAACGGACAUUAAGGCUGCAU